AUGGCCCACGAACAGGCUUUGGCAGCAACUGCCGCCAUUGUCAGGUCUUUAGCUAACCCUCAAAGAGACUCGUCUCCCGUUCCCAUCGGCGCCAACUCGCAAAUCAAGCUUCCUGGCCACGACAGCACAGCAAAGGAGUCGCUCGAACACGAACUCUCGGCCCUAGUGGUCAGGAUCCAACAGCUCGAGGCCAAGGCCAGUGCCUCCAACACACCCAUCUUCCCCGACACCCCCAGCGAGACGACCGAAUCUUUGUUUGGCGAAGAGUCCUCGAGACGAUCCAAGUUCCCACUCAUCCCGCCUCCUCGGAAUGUAGUUCCCGAAGAACAAGUCGUCAACUCCAUCCCGCUCCCCAACGAGGCUCUCAAGGGGCUCCAAGAGCACAUCCAUGAUCAAUCCAAACUGCUCGACAAUCAGCGCCAGGAGCUUACUAGCGUUAAUGCCCAGCUGCUCGCACAGAAACAACUACAGGAGAGGGCGCUUCAAGUUCUGGAGAGAGAACGGGUUGCAACACUGGAACGGGAGUUGUGGAAGCAUCAAAAAGCCAAUGAAGCCUUCCAAAAGGCGUUGCGCGAGAUUGGCGAGAUCAUCACCGCUGUGGCGCGAGGUGAUCUUACCAUGAAGGUUCGAAUGAAUACCAUAGAGAUGGACCCCGAGAUUACCACUUUCAAGAGAACCAUCAAUACAAUGAUGGAUCAGCUUCAGGUUUUUGCGAGCGAGGUAUCUCGGGUCGCCCGUGAGGUCGGUACGGAUGGAAUGCUUGGUGGCCAGGCCAGGAUCGAAGGUGUCGAUGGCACCUGGAAGGAGCUUACUGACAACGUCAAUGUCAUGGCACAGAACCUCACCGACCAGGUGCGCGAAAUCGCCUCUGUGACGACUGCCGUUGCCCAUGGAGAUUUGACCAAGAAGAUCGAGAGACCCGCUAAGGGCGAGAUACUUCAACUCCAACAGACCAUCAACACCAUGGUAGAACAGUUGCGCACAUUUGCGUCCGAGGUCACGCGCGUCGCCCGAGACGUGGGUACUGAGGGUAUGCUAGGUGGACAAGCGGAUGUCAUGGGCGUCCGAGGCAUGUGGAACGAAUUGACCGUUAACGUCAAUGCGAUGGCCAAUAAUCUCACAACCCAAGUGCGCGACAUUGCCAAAGUCACCACCGCCGUCGCCAGAGGUGAUCUGACGCAGAAGGUUCAAGCCGAGUGCAAGGGAGAGAUCUUUGAGCUCAAGUCGACUAUAAACUCCAUGGUCGAGCAGCUUCAGCAGUUCGCCCGCGAAGUCAGCAAAAUCGCCAGAGAAGUCGGCACUGAAGGUCGCCUCGGUGGUCAAGCUACCGUUAAUGACGUGCAGGGCACUUGGCGCGACCUCACCGACAACGUCAACGGCAUGGCCAUGAACUUAACAACCCAAGUUCGAGAGAUAUCCAGGGUCACCGCAGCCGUGGCCCGUGGUGACCUGACCAAGAAGAUCGGCGUCGAGGUCAGAGGUGAAAUCUUGGAGCUCAAGCUCACCAUAAACUCCAUGGUUGAUCGUCUGGGAACUUUCGCUUUCGAAGUGAGCAAGGUCGCCAGGGAAGUCGGAACUGAUGGUACCCUUGGUGGCCAGGCUCGUGUGGAUGACGUCGAAGGCAAAUGGAGGGACCUCACCGAAAAUGUCAACACGAUGGCUCUGAACUUGACUUCGCAAGUACGGGGUAUCUCCACAGUCACGCAGGCUAUCGCCGACGGCAACAUGAGCCAGAAGAUCGAUGUCCAAGCAAAGGGCGAGAUACUGGUUCUGAAAGAGACUAUAAACAACAUGGUCGACCGACUCUCGGUGUUCUGUAACGAGGUACAACGAGUGGCCCGCGACGUCGGUGUAGACGGCAAGAUGGGUGGCCAGGCAGACGUUGGUGGUCUAAAGGGACGAUGGAAAGAGAUCACGGCUGAUGUCAACACUAUGGCAACCAAUUUGACCACGCAAGUGCGAGCUUUCGGCGAUAUCACUAAUGCUGCUACCGACGGGAACUUCACCAAGCUGGUCGAUGUUGAAGCCUCUGGUGAAAUGGACGAGCUGAAGCGCAAGAUCAACCAGAUGGUGUACAACUUACGAGACAGCAUUCAGAGAAAUACGCAAGCAAGAGAGGCCGCCGAGCAAGCCAACAAGACCAAGUCCGAGUUCCUCGCCAACAUGUCCCACGAGAUUCGAACGCCCAUGAACGGUAUCAUCGGAAUGACGCAAUUGACACUCGACACCGACUUGACGCAGUACCAGAGGGAGAUGCUGAACAUUGUGAACCAACUGGCCAACAGUUUGUUGACUAUCAUCGAUGACAUUUUGGACUUGUCCAAGAUCGAGGCCCGCCGGAUGGUGAUAGAAGAGAUUCCCUAUACACUGCGGGGAACUGUCUUCAAUGCCUUGAAGACACUGGCAGUCAAAGCGAACGAAAAGUUCUUGGAGCUGACGUACCUUGUCGACAGCUCCGUCCCCGAUUACGUUGUCGGAGACUCUUUCCGUCUACGACAGAUCAUCCUCAACUUGGUCGGCAACGCCAUCAAGUUCACUGAGCACGGCGAAGUAAGCUUGACGAUCCGCGAAUCUAAGAACGCGAAGCCGAAGGGACCGCACGAAUACGCAAUCGAGUUUGUAGUCCAAGAUACGGGAAUAGGAAUCCCGCAGGACAAGCUUGAUCUGAUUUUCGACACGUUCCAGCAGGCCGAUGGAUCCAUGACUCGCAAGUUCGGUGGUACAGGACUCGGUCUUUCCAUCUCCAAGAGGCUAGUUAACCUCAUGGGGGGAGAUGUAUGGGUCAAGAGCGACUUUGGCAAGGGGAGUCAGUUCUUCUUCACCUGCGUGGUCAAGCUGGCCGAUAAAGAACUCUCGAAUAUCGAGAAGCAGCUGAAGCCAUACAGAGGGCAUCAAGUCCUCUUCAUUAACAAAGGCAUCUCCCGCUACGGCCGAGAGAUCACGAUCAUGCUGCAGAGGUUGGGCUUGGUACCAGUAGUCGUUAACAAAGAGGGGAACCCUGCUUCAUCGGGAUCUGACGAGCCGCCCUACGAUGUCAUCAUCGUCGAAUCCAUCGAGACUGCGCGGAAACUGCGAGCUAUCGAGGAUUUCAAGUACCUUCCGAUCGUUCUACUUGCCCCGAUCGUCCACGUCAGCUUGAAGUCUUGUUUAGACUUGGGCAUCACAUCCUAUAUGACGACUCCUUGCGAACCAAUUGACUUAGGCAACGGCAUGGUUCCUGCUUUGGAGAACCGGGCCACCCCGUCACUUGCUGACAACACCAAGUCGUUCGAGAUCUUGCUUGCUGAAGACAACCGGGUCAACCAGCGACUUGCCGUGAAAAUUCUCGAGAAGUACCAUCACGUGGUCACGGUAGUAGGGAACGGCCUGGAUGCUGUCACAGCUGUGCAGAACAAGAAGUUCGACGUCGUUCUUAUGGACGUCCAAAUGCCAAUAAUGGGAGGCUUCGAAGCCACGGGGAAAAUCCGCGAGUACGAGCGAAGCCUUGGAACCCAGCGAACACCCAUCAUCGCACUCACAGCACAUGCCAUGAUGGGAGACCGGGAGAGAUGUAUACAGGCACAAAUGGACGAGUAUCUGUCGAAACCUCUGCAGCAGAACCAUCUGAUACAGACAAUUCUGAAGUGUGCAACACUUGGCGGUGCUCUGCUCGAAAAGAACCGAGACAGGGAGCUGUCGCGGCAGCCAGACUCGAGCUCUCAGCAGAACUCGCCAGGCCACUUGAGACCGAGCCUCGAAGCUCGGGCGAUCACUACGAAUGAAUCCCUGUUGACCGGCACAGAGAGUCCGUCUCUAGUCUCGGCAAAUCUAGAUGACCCAUUGCAAAGGGCACGUUUAAACCUCUCUGAGCCUGACAUCCACCGACUAACUUGA